AUGUAACAGCGCCGUGAACGGGGACACAGCUGAAAAAGUCACCUAUCCCAAUGAGCAGACAUACGGAGUGGGAAAUGCGUUUUUAUUUUCCAGCGAGACCUCUUCCGUCGCCCUAGUGAGCCAUUCACUGGAUCUAAAAGUGUCGCGCUCAUUGGGGUUCAAGGAUUGAGUUUAUGUGUGGAUUAUUGGAACCCGGAGGCCCCGUUGAGUUGAGUGUGUGCUGGGCAGGAGUGGGUCAGAAUGAGGCUGCUGCUCUGAGCGGGGCUUUUCGCUCUGACUCGGGUCUCUGAAGAAAUAAUAUUUACUUAUAAAACUGGACACCUCUGGAGCAGUUUAUGACGACUCAGGUUGGACCGUAAUGACCGCACGCUUCCGGUUGCCUGCAGGCAGAUCCUACAAUGUCCGGGCGACGGAGCUGGCGCGUGACAGGCAGCGCACCAAGGUGGUCUGCAACAUUAUUUUUUUGGACAACACUGUCCAGCCUUUUAAAGUCAAUAAGCACGAUCAAGGACAGAUCCUCCUAGACGCUGUCUUUAAGCACCUGGAGCUGACCGAGAGGGACUAUUUUGGGUUGCACCUGGCCGACGAUUCCUCCGAUAGCCCAAGGUGGCUGGAUCCGAAUAAACCCAUAAGGAAGCAAUUAAAAAGGGGCUCCCCGCAUCAUCUGAACUUCCGGGUGAAAUUUUUUGUGAGUGACCCCAACAAACUUCAGGAAGAAUACACCCGGUACCAGUAUUUUCUGCAGAUUAAGCUAGACUUACUCAGUGGAAGACUACCCUGUCCGCACAAUACUGCUGCUCUCCUGGCAUCGUACGCUGUUCAGUCUGAGCUGGGCGAUUACAGUGAGGCUGAGAAUUCGCCGGGGUACCUGUCUGAAUUCUGCUUCAUCCCAAACCAGCCCCAGAGCUUUGAAAAAGAUGUCACCAAACAUCACCAGCAACACAGUGGACUUACUCCAGCACAGUCUGAAUUCAAUUACCUGAACACGGCACGAACGUUGGAGCUCUAUGGAGUGGAACUGCACUAUGCAAGGGAUCAAAGCAACACGGAGAUUUUCGUCGGGGUGAUGUCAGCCGGCAUAGCCAUCUAUAAGAACAGGUUACGAAUCAACUUCUUUCCAUGGUUGAAGAUUGUGAAAAUAUCUUUUAAAUGCAAACAGUUUUUCAUCCAGCUGAGAAAAGAGGCGAAUGAGACAAGAGAUACAAUGCUGGGUUUCAACAUGGUAAACUACAGGGCCUGCAAGAACCUCUGGAAGGCCUGUGUGGAACACCAUACAUUUUUUCGGCUAGAUCACCCUGUUCCCCCACAGAAGAACUUCUUUGCACACUACUUCAGUUUGGGCUCCAAGUUUCGUUACUGUGGGAGGACGGAAGCACAAUCUGUUCAGUAUGGCAAGGAGAAGGGAAUCAAGACCAGAAUAUUUGCAAGAUCUCCAAGCAAGCCCCUGGGCAGGAAAUUGAUGGGUGUGACGGACUGGGAAGCAAUGAGCAUGAACUCACUGUCUGAGGAAAGGCUAGAGACCCGUAGCCUGCCCACCCGCUCACCCCCUGGGACACCCAACCAUAGGAACUCCUUGUUUGUACAAGAGGGUCCUCGGCUGCGGCCCUCUUCCAUGGGUCACUUGGUGGAUCAUGUCAUCCAUGCCUCACCCAGUCUGCCUGUUUUCUCCAAUCACAAAUCAGCUUCCUCCACGCAGGCCAACAGCAUCAGCCUGGAGUCUACACCGUCUCCGGAAGGCAUUGAAGGCCUGCCCCCUGCCCUCCCACCCAAACAGUCCCGGAAGAACCUGAGCCAACUUAUACUAUCCCACUCCCAACAGGACUUAGACAACCACAUCAACGAAAUGUACAAUGUCCCCAUAGCAACAGACAAGGCCACGCCCAAUGGAGUCGUUCCUCAUGACAAUCUUGUUCUGAUCAAGAUGAAACCAGAUGAGAAUGGAAGAUUUGGGUUUAAUGUGAAGGGUGGCUCUGAUCAGAAGAUGCCCAUAAUUGUGUCUCGGGUAGCACCUGGAACAUCGGCUGAUUUAUGUGUGCCUCGUCUGAACGAGGGUGAUCAGGUUGUGCUGAUCAAUGGUCGAGAUAUUUCAGAGCACACGCAUGAUCAGGUAGUCAUGUUCAUCAAGGCUAGCUGUGAGAGUCACUCGGGGGAGCUCAUCCUUUUGGUGCGCCCCAAUGCCAUCUAUGAUGUAGUUGAGGAGAAACUGGAGACAGAGCCGGAUUUUCAGUACAUCCCAGAGAAAUCUCCCACAGAUCCCUCCCAUCUGGACCAGGACGCCUGGAGGGACUCCAUGCUGCAGCUAAAAGAGGGUCUUAACAGUGGUGCUGUUCUGGCUCAGUUUGAUCAACUGUACCGGAAAAGGCCUGGAAUGACAAUGUCAUGUGCCAAAUUACCUCAGAAUAUUUCCAAAAAUCGCUACAGAGACAUCUCACCUUAUGAUGCAACUAGAGUCAUCUUGAAAGGCACAGAUGACUACAUCAAUGCAAAUUACAUCAAUAUGGAAAUCCCUGCCUCCAGUCUCAUAAACCGCUAUAUUGCCUGCCAGGGGCCGCUGCCCAACACAUGCCCGGACUUCUGGCAGAUGACGUGGGAGCAGGGCUCCUCCAUGGUAGUCAUGCUUACCACUCAGGUUGAGCGAGGACGUGUGAAGUGCCAUCAGUACUGGCCUGACCCCUCAGGUAGCGCUACAUACGGCGGCUUUCAAGUUUCCUGCCAAACGGAGGAGGGAAACUCUGCUUUCUUGGUUAGAGAUAUGACCCUUAAUCACAUUGAGAGUGGGGAGAGCCGGGAGUUGACCCAGAUCCAGUACCUAGCAUGGCCUGACCAUGGUGUACCAGAUGACUCAACGGACUUCCUGGAUUUUGUGGCUCUGGUCCGCAGUAAACGAGCUAGAAAGGAUGAGCCCGUUGUGGUCCACUGCAGUGCUGGCAUUGGCCGAACAGGAGUUCUUAUCACCAUGGAGACGGCGAUGUGUCUGAUGGAGUGCAGUCAGCCUGUGUAUCCAUUAGACACUGUGAGAACCAUGAGGGAUCAGAGGGCCAUGAUGAUUCAGACACCUAGCCAGUUCAAGUUUGUGUGUGAGGCUAUACUGAAGGUUUACGAGGAGGGCCUGGUGAAACCGCUCAAGUCCACGCUGUACGAAUCAAACUAAUGUAACGCCAGCUUUUCCUGAAAUUGAUGCUGAAAUUCACUGAUGGAACACUCUCCACUUGAUAUCAUGGCUCCGCAACGGACACAUACCCAAAGCGGUGGAGAAAUUUCUCGAGCCAGGAACACGGGACAUAAUCCAAGCACUGCUGCACUUUACACUGGCAAAAAGACAAAAUGCCAAGCUUCAAUGAGGAGAGAAUAUAAGGACACAAAAUGUAACAAAGGUGAAUUUGGUACUUGUUGGGGCUUUUGAGUGUUCAGGGUUUUGACAAAUAUUUGUUAAUAAUGAAUAUAGAAAAGAUUGCUAGUGCCAUAUAUAAGUUUUUAAGGGCAGGCCCGUGAAUGAAUGAGUGUUUUUAUAUGUGGUCACCUUAGUUAGUUGGAAACAAAAAAGAAAAGAAAAAUCCACAAGACAAUUCACAUCCAGGCCUGUGCUUCAGAUGAACAUCUGUAUUUUUAUUAGGGAUAUUUAUUGUGUUUUAGUUUUAAUGCUGAGCCCUGCCCAUUGGGGGGAAAAAAAGUCACUUCUUAGAAUUCAAGAUUGGUACUUCUUACUAAAGUGAUAGUGGAUAAUUUUUUUUCUGUUUGAUAUGUUCUCCCUUUUUUGGCACAGGGUGAAAUACAUUUUUAUUUAUUGUGCUGUCUUAAUAAAAUUGAUGCAGUCAGGACUUUAAAACA